CCAUGAUCCAGUCGUGAUCAGUCAGCGGAGAGGUCUAGUUGUAUCAACAUGACGUAAACCGUAUUUCGAGACCACUAGCAUUACAUUUUCCGCGAAUUAAAACGGAAUUCAACUGUUGCGGCUGUCCUUUUGAAAAUCGUACUAUUUAUUCAUUGGGAAAAAUAGCCAAAAUGGCAGAAAACAAGAGCCCCGAAGAGAUAGAACAGCAAAUGGCACAGUUCAAAACCUGGGUCAACAGCCAACCUCACCUGCCUAAAGAUUUGGAGGACAAACUGAUCAGGCGGUUUCUACACAGCUGCUACUACAACUUUGAGCAGGCGAAAAGCGCCGCAGAAUUAUUCUGCACGAUAAGAGCUUCGAUACCAGAACUCCUUAAUGAUAGAGACCCGUUGUCACCACAGUUUCAGAAGACAUUUAAAAUUGUGAACUUGGCACAGAUACGGAUAUCGGGCAAUCGCAACCUGUGGAUAUGGCAGCUUAACGACCCCGGCUUGGAGUUGUUCGAUUACAUACAAGAUGUCAGGCUGUUCUUCUUGUCGAUGGACGCGUGGCUCCUCAACGAGGAACACUUGGAAGACGCUGACUUGGUGCUGCUCGAUGUGAAGGACAUAUCGCUCAAGUUCAUCACCAAGUUCAAUGUGUCCAUCGCUAGGAAACUGGCCAAAUAUCAAGAAGACGCUUUACCCAUCAGAUUGAAACAGAUACACUUGGUGAACGCACCGCCGUUUAUAGACAAGAUAUUUGGUCUAAUGAAACCGUUUCUGAAACAAGAAGUUACAGACAUGGUUCAUUUCCAUUCACCGAAAUCGGAUAGUCUAUACAAAUAUUUUGAUAAAGAUGAUCUCCCCGAUGAUUAUGGAGGCACCAGAGGGACGAUGGAUGACCACAUGCAACACGUCAUGGAUGUAAUAAUAAGUAAAAGGGAUAUUUUGAUGAAGAAUAACCUUUGGAAAGCAGAGAAGAAAAAUAAGAAUAAAUCUGAUGCUGUCAAAGAUUCCUUCCGAAGUCUUGCCAUUGACUAGCGUGAACGUAUAAAAAGAUUCAAAGGCUAAUUUAGGAACGAAUUCGGGAAUAUCUAUAAUAAACAACUAUAGACAUUUAAAGACACAAGUAAAGCUUUAGCUAAAAAUACACUAUUUACUAAUGUAGCACAGAAGUUUAAAAUAGG